CUUGAGCGAGUGUUUCCUCUUUCGGUUCAGGUUGUUGCCACUGUGAAAAACAAGUCUAACGCCGUCUCACGUUGUUUGUGUUGUCGUUUGAACCUACAGGACCUCUGUGUCGCUGUGUGUAACCCGGAGGAGGACGCUUAGCGUUAACAGAUUCUUUUUUCUUUUUUUUUUUGUUGUAACUUGCAUUGACUGCAGCAGCACCGCUUUGAGAAACCAUGUCUGAUUUAAUCCUGGUGCUCCUGAUAGUCGUGCUCCUGGUAUGUUUGAUUGUGACAGUUGGGGGAUUUCUGCUCUACUCGGGACUCCUGUCAGACGUGGUUAUAAAGACUGGGCCACCUCCUAUCAGGAAUGUUACCAUUGCUUAUAAGUUCAAAGAGGGAUCAUACAAGGACUGCGGUGCAGCUUACACAGAGAGCUGCAGCAUUGGGCCAAAGCUGAGCUCCAUCGGUGUCUUCUACGAUGACCCCAACCAGGUGAGAUCCCAGAACUCAGCACCUAGGCCAUCAGAGAAAUGUCGCUACGUGGUGGGCAGUGUCCUGUGUGAGGGUGAAGAGAAGCCCGAUGAAGAACUGCAGAAGCUGUAUGAGAAGUUUGGCUUCAAGGUGUUUUCUCUGCCAGAAGUGAGCCAUGCUGUGACCACCAGCUUCCCCUGCACUACGCCUCUGUCCCACGUACUGGGACCUUACAGGGUCUACCCGCGGCUCGCGUCUUACAUUGAGGAGAGGAAACUAUGUGCUUUCCCAACUAUUGAGAUCUGUGGUUCAGAUGCCAUCAACUAUAUGGUUCCACUGUCCCGUCAGACAGACUUCUUUGUUCCAGAGAUGAAGGAGGAUGUCAAAACAGAUGUGAAAGAAGAGGACUCGGACGAAGACAGAGGAACUGACAUCACAGGUGCUGAUUCCCACAGUGACGUGAGCUCAGUGAGCGGCGGCGUGCCCUGGGACAGCAGAGAGACAUCCCUGGCUGCCUCCACGGCUGCAUCCCUGGCCUCAUCCCUGCCUCUGAGGGACGUAAUGGAUGCAAACGAAGACAUUAAGCACAGGGACCACAGCGACAGAGACUCAAAUGAGUCUGUGGGCAGUGGCUCAUCCUUUGAAGAGCUUGACAUGGAUCAGGAGGAGCAGGAGGAGGGAGUAGAGAGGGAGGAGAAGGAAGAUGGGGAGGAGAAGGAGCUCCCUGAGGGUGAGGAUGGAGCUAGAGAAGCAGUUGAACUGCUGGCCGAAAAGAAAGAGUCCUUGGGGGAUGGAGAGGAGUAGGGAGGAUGCUGAAGAGAUAAGGGAUGAGGCCAUGUAACACUGGCAUGCUAGAGAGUUUCUCAGUUGCUGUUGCUGGUUAUCUGUCAUGUAAUCUUGUCGGAGGAUCUAAAGCUGUUGAUGCCAUGACCAACAUGCCAUAUUUUUGCGCCUUCUAAUUCUCUUUUUCAAGCCUGUACUUUUUGUUAUACUGUAAUCUCGUUUUUUUAAAAUAAUUCCUGAUCUAAUAUUUAAACUCUGUCAGGAUAUAAACUAAAUUAAAGUAAACCUAACUGUCUCUGCACAUGGUGUGCAUCAAAUGAGAAUCAAGAUUUGUUUAAGUCUAUAUUUCAUUUCAAACCGUAACUUUUUCAACUUGAAUCACCACCAUUCCUGGUCAGAUUAGAAGUGACGCUUCAGUUAAAGAUCCACAUCAAAGGAAUGACACUGGAUCAACAUACAGCAUCUCUUUGCCCAUGUGUGACAGUUGAUAUUGUACCCCACUUUCAAAGGCACGUCCCGAGGAAAUUUAUGUCACGUGUUUGUGUGCAUUACCUAACUUUAGUGUCUUGAUAUACAGUAAUGAUUGGGUUGAAAAUGUGCAGGAGCUAAUGCUGUAGAAUUUUUGGCGGACCUAUUUCAUUGUGGUAUAAUUUUUUUUUUUAACUUUGGAUAAUAUCUAUCACACAGGAAAUUCUGAAGUCUGGAGCAGAGAAAAAAAAACUUUCAUCAACCCCAGCACGGAGACCAGUGAAGUAACAUCACCGAAGUCUCCAAGUCACUAGGACAAGGGUUUAUAAUAGAAAUAAUAAUAGAAAAUGUUUUUCCCUUGGAUACUGUACAGAACUUUUUAUUGCCAUUCUGUGCUCACGUAAUUGCUUUUUUUUUUUUUUUUUAUUGUAAUCUUCUCUUCUAUAGUUGGUUAGUUACACCACUCUACAGUUCUGUUUGUAGACAAAAUUCACUCACUUCUAGAGACUAGCUGUGAUGUGUUCAUAGGAUGAAAUUGCUGGUGCUGUCAGAUAUGGGAAAUAAUGUACAGCACAUUGCCAUGGUUGUGUCCUUCUGUCGGUAAUAAAAUUUUCAAAUGAAAAGUCGAGUAGACAGGAAUCACUUGUGCAUAGGUGUUUUUGCACAAAAAAAUUAAGUCAUUCUACGUGGAUGUCUGUUAAAAACAGCCUCGAUUUUCUACGUUUUGUAACACAAAACUACACUGUUACUUCUGCACUCUUUCUCAACUGAGACAGAGAGAUGUAUCAAAGUGUGGGUGGCAGUGGGACAUGUUGUUGUACAGAAGUUAUCCAUGAGGCAGUAAGCUCCUUAUAACUUAAAAAGCUCUCUCUUAAAUGUUAACCACCUUCACAGUUUCACAUUGUAAUGGCUGCCAGUGCCACUGCUUGUUUGGAAAGUCACACACAUGGAAUUCAAAAGCUGUAUAAAAGAGAAAUGUCCAAAAACGAGCCAACAAUGGCAUACUGCGUUGAGAAAAGUACGCGCUGCCGUUGUAAGAUUUUCUUGAGGGAGUAAUUUCUCUUGGCACAUUUCAUCAGUGUGGAUGAAACAACACAAAUUUAUCUUAUCUGUAUCUUUGGGAAUCACAAACACUUCUUAGAAUAUUAUUACAAAAUGUCCAAAUUCUGUCGCCUUAGCAAGAGCUGCACUGAUCUGACCAAGCAUUUGAUUGAGCGGUUUGGCAUUUGUGUCACAAUAUACUUAAUCAGCUGUGUGUACACCAGAAGUGGAAGAAUACUGCAGACUACUCAUUUUUGAUGGACAUACGUGUUCCUUAGCCAGUGGUCCUUAAUGAGCAUCAUGACCUAUGAGUACAAAUGUUUUCAUUCAAAUCCAGCUCCAUAAUAGGCACAGUAAUUUUACUGAUUAAUACACCGUCCACCAGAGAGAGAAAAUGCCCUUCUUGUUCCCGGUCAGGCCGACAUGGUGGAUAUUAGCUUAUUGCACAUAUAUUGUAUAUUACAGAGAUAAUGUAUCAAAUGAUAUGUUUGCAUAACUUGUCCAUCAGAGAACAGUGACAGCUUUUAUUUUUCAUCAGUUAAUUGUCCAGCUCCUUACAUGUCUUAGUCACAGUUCUCUGCCAAAAAAAAAAAAAAAAAAUCAAGGGAGCAUUAUGAGAAAUGUUUGUUUAUGUUAUGUGUUUAUGCAUAAAAA